GCCUUUAUCCAGUUCCAACUAUCUCACUUCAACAGGAGCCACGGCCAGCAAACAGUCUCUCUCGGGUGAGGAGAGAUAGAGGGAGAAAGAAAGAGAAAUCAAGAGAGGAUGGCGCAGCGUGACUAGAAUACACUGACUCCUUCCAAAGAGAGAGCAGGCCAACCAGGGGAAUUGCUUAAAGUGUUUCUUUCUAUCUUUCAAGAAUGAACACCCACACUACAAGCAACCUCCACCAGUGAUGCACAUGUAUCAGAUCUCUGCAGCUUGAAUUCCCCUCUGCCCUGGUACCAAUGCCAAGCAACCGGCACGAAACCUCACUUGAGUGACUGAGGUGAAAAGAGGAAGAGAGCUAAGGAGGUAAACAGAGCUGAGAAAGGAAGAAAACGUGGCUGUGCGUUUUCCGGCCACCAUACACCCGCGAGGCCCGAGUCUGCAGAAGCACCGCAGCACCAGUGCCAGUGAGGCAGAGGGCACGUCAGAGCGGGCGCUGAGGGCAAACAGAAGUCUGCGGUGGGGUGACAGAGGAAGAAAAAAGGUGCCACCCCCUCUCGUAUGCCAACCCCUCUCGUCUGCCACCUCUUCUGCCAGGCCAGGGCACGGUCACAGAUGUGAUCCUCCAAGCGCUCGUUCACAAGCGUCAAUCUUCACCCCUCUGCCUGAGCCCCGGUACAGACCACACCACACCACACCACGCAACACCACACCACGCCACACCACACCACACCACACCGUGACGCCAGGCCUGCUCUACAGAAAUAAAAGGGGUAUAAACACACCUAGCCCGUGCCCUGGUUGCUCUUCAGCAUGGAAAAGCCUGCAUUGCUUUUUGUGACUUCACUACUCCUCCUGUCCUCCUGUCCUCGCCAGCUCCAUGCACAGGCAACUGAUGCCGAUGCAGCAGUAGUAACAGAUGGCGGCAUCACUGCUAUGAUCCCCACUGAACCCCAAACAGAGCUCGCUAGUGCUGUAAUAACCACAGAGGCAGAGCCUCUCACCACUACUGAGAGUAAUACACCAGAGUACACCAUUUCAGACCCUCAGACUGCUCCUGAACUCCUCACCACCGUCCUUGAUGAACUAGUGACAACAACCACCACAGAAGAGCCGACCACCGUUACUCUACUUCAAACUAUACCUGAGACCACAUCGAUCCCUGAGAAAACCACUCAAACCACCACACAAAUUCCUAUUACAAUCCAAAUGACUAGUCCAGGCCCAGCUACCCCACCAGCAACCAGCCAAAUCAUUCCCGAAACCACUCAAACCACUAGAUUAGACCCCACCUCCACAACACCUCCAACCGUACCCACAACGGAGCAGUCCACUUCCACUUCAUCUUCAGCACCCCACGAGUCUACCUCUGCUGAGACCACCAGCACAGCUCCAACACCAACGACUCUCCCUCCACUCUUCAUCCCAGUCAUCCCUAUCUCCUCAAAACCGCACCCUGAAACAAGCUCCUCCACCACCACAGGAGUCACAGAUAGUUCUGGUACCUCAGACAGUUCUGGUACCCCAGGAGGGCCCAUCAUUCUCGGAGGCUCCUCCUCUGCAGACGACUCAGGGAGCUCGUCCAACAAGUCAAUGUGGCUGGGGGUCAUCGUGGCCGGCCUGGUGGCCGCACUGGCCAGCAUCGCCUGCAUCGCCCUGGUGGUCCGGCGCAGGAGACAGAAGCAAGGCCGCGGGUUCGGCGACGCCGCCGUCAACGGCCGAAGCCAGAGGUCCCAGAGGCGGAAGGGCAAGAAGAAGGGCGAGGAGGACGCGUGGGCCGGGCCGGUGUUGAUGGGCGGCGCGGACGAGUGCGACGGCAACGGGUACAACGGCGACGCGGAGGAGGACAACAACAACGGCGGGCCGGCGGACGGCACGGAGCCCAUGUUCGGCACGUUCGCGCCCGGCGAGGACGAGGAGAAGAACGCUGUGGGCGCCGAGGGCACCAAGGAGGCCAAGAAAUGGCAGGAGCAGUCGCCGCUCCUCUACAUCGACGAGGACGCCGAGGAGGAGGAGGAGGAGGAGCUGGACGGCAUCCCAGCCAAUCAGCAGGCCUCCUCUCGAGACGCACAGAGCGUAGAGAAGAAAGGGGAAGCGGGGGCAGAAACGGGUGGGGCCCUGGACGGAGCGGUGGCUUUCUGCCAAACCACAGCGGUGUGAAACUGUGCUUACUCACGACCGCUCCCCUGAAUUACAGCCCCAUGUGCAGUAAAUGAACUUCUUUCCGUUUAUAGGGGAAAUGGAUUAAGAAAUGUGAAAACAAAUCUGUGGGCAAACGAAUGUAAAUGGUUAGCUCUAUACAGGACUUUGAGUGAACUGGAAACCAAGCCUUUGAAUUCACCUGUACUGAAUAUCUCAUGUAAAUUAUAUUCAGCAGAACAACAACACAUUCCACACUGUGAUUCCAAAACCACUAGAAUACUAACGUUACUGCAUUGAGAAUAAUAUCCUUACCUGAGCCGCCCAGCCACAAUCUGUGCCUUUGCCUCUCUGAAAUGGUGUGUGUAUGGGGGGUAUUGUGUAAUGAUGUGUGAGUGUGUGAGAGUGUGUGUGGGGUGGGGGGUUGGGGGGG